AUUCAGACCGCUUCUACAAACAUUUGUGAAAGACUGUGCAAUAAGUCCAUCCAUGAAAUUUCUUUGAUACUAAGUAUUCUACGGUCAACUGUUAGUGGUAUUAUAACAAAUUGGAAGCAACUGGGAACAACAGCUACUCAGCCAUGAAGUGGUAGGCCACGUAAAAGGACAGAGAAGGGUCAGUGCAUGCUGAAGUGCACAGUGUGCAGAAGUUGCCAACUGUCUGCAGAGUCAAUAGCUAAAGACCUCCAAACUUCAUUAGCACAACAGUGUGUAGA